CUCUCUACGCUCGUCGCCAGCGGCGGCGGCAUUAGCAGUUGCCAGUAGCGUCUCCGUCGUGUCCUCUACCCCUCCCACACGCUUAGAGUCUGCCCAAUUCGACAAACCAACCUUCACAGAGCGGACCGUGGGCAACUAUGAGAACCGCUUGCGUAAAUUCAGCUCCCCAGAGCGCGUUUUCGAGUAUUUUUCAAGCGUGGAGAUCGAGAAAGAGUACUUCAUGACCAGAGACGAUCUGGCUCGAGCCGUGACGCCCUACACUUACCGUCACGGAGCCCCCAUCGCCUCCAAGAACCCGAAAUUCAAUGCCAAAGCAAGCAGCGACAAGAUCUCUAAGGACGUGGCGGACGAGUAUCUGCGACGUGUGCAGAAACUCCUAAUUGACAAUGCGAAUGUGUCCAAAAAAGACAUUGAAGAGCUAUUGGCGUUCAGGGAAGAGCAGCACGUGGACUUCGAGACGCACACGAAGACGCUCAAGGCCUUACAAGUGACCAACGCAGAGUUCGACCAGUUCGUGGUCAUGCACGGAGGCCCACAACGCCCCAAAACUUUCUUCGACUUGGUGGACGCGGACGGAGAUGGCCUCAUCAAUUACCCAGAGUACAUGUUCUUCAGAACGCUCCUUGCCAUUCCCGAGCGACAAUUCGAAUUGGCGUUCAAGAUGUUCGAUGCAGACGACAAUGGCGAGCUGGAUCACCGGGAAUUUAAACAGAUCAUGGAGCUGAUGCGGUUGCGUACGCCCGCGGGUCGUCAGGAUCGAUCACUGCAUGACGACGAUGUGCCGAUCUUCAAGCACUUGUUCGGGGAGCUGGCCACGAGGUCCCUGUCCUACGACGACUUCUGUGCAUUCCGUCGGGAGCUGAAGCAGGAGAUCAUGCGCAUUCAGAUAUCCUUUCCACCUUACCAGUAUGAUGUUGACGGAGACAGGACGCUGUCACCUCGAGAGUUCGGCAUGUUCUUGGUCUCGCACGUCGACCAGCGUCACAUCGAGCAGUGGGUUGAGCGUGUGGACAAGCUGCAGCAUCUAAGCGGCCACAUCACGGAGCAAGAGUUCAUGGAUUUCAACGUGUUCCUCGAACAUCUGGACGAGCUCAAGGUGGCGAUGGAUCUCGUCAUGCAAGCUCACGGAGUGGACAAAGAGCAAUUCCAGCGGGCCACGAGAGCGGCAGUGCGUGCAAGCAAGAACACCAAGCCGGUUACUGCUCUACAGAUCGACAUUCUCUUCGCACUCUUCGACCUUGACGGUGACGGACAUUUGUCCACCAAGGAGUUUAUCGAAGUCAUGCAGACACGCAAAGACAGCGGCUUCACUGAGCCUCGCGACACAGGUGCUUUCAACUUCCUCCGCCGCAUUAAAGAGUGCAUCGAGUGCAUUUUGUAA